AUGCAGGCUGACAGUGAACAGGAGGCUGUUCGUGGUAUACAAUGGGUCAAGAAUUACAAGUUCGACUUCCGCUUCCAACAGUGGGGUCAGUCUAAUGUUACAUUCACAUGCGUUGCUGGCCACAUUGUCGCCCAGGACUUUCCAGAUCGAUUCAGAAAGUGGCACUCUUGCCAGCCAGCAGAUCUCUUCGAUGCUCCUAUUCAGAGUUCAAUCGCAGAGGUGCGAACCAAUGCCAGAGUUCCAGCUUCUUCACUGACUGAUAAAACGCAGGACAAGAAGAUCGUGGCAAGUAACAUCGAGGCUCAGGCAAGAUAUGCUUCCAUCCUUUUCAUCUGGACCGAUUGCGAUCGUGAAGGCGAGCACAUCGGGACCGAGAUCCGUGACAUCGCGCUCAAAGUCAAUCCAAAUAUGCAGGUCUACAGGGCACGGUUCAGCAAUAUCGAGAGAGCGUGGGUAAUACUUUUUCCAGUUGACUUCAACCAUGUCAUCCAAGCCUCACAAAACCCAAUCCGUCUCGAUGAGGCACAAGCGAAUGCCGUGUCAGCCCGCAUCGAACUCGACUUGCGACUAGGAGCAGCCUUUACCCGCAUGCAGACAAUGGCUCUGCAGAACAUGAUCCCCACGCAAGGUGACGAGCGUGGGAAGGUCAUCAGCUAUGGGUCGUGCCAGUUUCCAACCUUGGGUUUCGUUGUGGAUCGGUACCUGCGCGUGCGCAACUUUGUGCCAGAACCUUUCUGGUACAUCAAGGUAGCGCACACCAAGGACAAGAUCGACGUCAAGUUCAACUGGCGACGCGGUCACCUGUUCGAUCGCUUGGCUGUCAUCAUCAUUUUCGAGAGGUGUCUACUCGCAAAGACGGCAAAAGUCAUGAAGAUGGCCAAGAAGCCGACGAAGAAGUGGAAGCCAUUGCCACUGACCACGGUUGAACUCCAGAAGAAUGGUAGUCGCUUCCUCCGCAUGACUUCACAAGAAGUGAUGAAGGUUGCCGAAGACCUCUACACGAAGGGUUGGAUUAGCUACCCGCGCACUGAGACGGAUCAAUUUGACCGAGGAAUGGAUCUACGAGCACUGGUGGCAAGGCAGACUCAAGACAAUGCCUGGGGCCAGUUUGCACAAUCUCUCAUGGACGGCGGCUUCAAGCAGCCUCGUGACGGACGGAACAACGACAAAGCUCAUCCGCCUAUUCACCCGGUCAACUACGUGGCACCAACCCAGCUCAACCAGAACGAGAAGCGAGUGUAUGAAUUUGUGGUACGCCGUUUCCUGGCGUGUUGCUCCGAAGAUGCUGCGGGUGAAGCUACAGAUAUUGAGAUCGAUUACGGAGGUGAAUUCUUCCAUGCGCAUGGUCUCACAGUUAUUGCACGGAACUAUCUCAAUGUUUAUCCGUACGACAAGUGGGUGAGCAGCCAGGAACUACCGCAGUACACUGUUGGCGAGACAUUCGAGCCGACUGAAGCGAACAUGCAUGACGGCCAAACUUCCGCGCCAGCAUAUCUUACGGAGCCCGAGCUCAUCGCCCUCAUGGACGCAAACGGUAUUGGCACGGAUGCAACCAUGGCAGAGCAUAUUGCAAAGGUCCAAGAACGGGAGUACGUUAUAGCACGGCCCAAAGGUGGUGGUGCACCUGCAAACAACGACGACGGUGGCGGUAGAGGUCGUGGUCGUGGCCGUGGCCGUGGUGGUGCUCGCGGCGGCAGAGGCGGCCGAGGUGGAUCAGCAGCGCAGAACGAGAGAGGUGCGACUACCGGCAUACAGGAAUUCAUUCCGACGACACUGGGUAUUGCGCUUAUCGAAGGCUACGAUAACGUGGGCAUCGAGACGUCCCUCAGCAAGCCGUUCCUGCGCAAAGAGAUGGAGGUACAGAUGAAAGCCAUUUGCGACGGCCGCACUACGCGCCAGGAAGUAGUCCAACAAAACAUCGAGCAAUAUCGGGCCGUCUUUACUCGGACGGCACAGCAGAUCAACGUGCUAAAAUCUACUGGUCGCUUAUGUGAGGUACUCCAGGCGAUCCGCAAGUACGUGUUGGGAGAAGCGAAUCAUGGAUGA